AAAAAUAUAUAUUUUUAUUAGUAAUUAACAAUGAGCGCAUGAGAAUACAACGUUGAAAAGAUUCGUGAUUCGUUAUAGAAGCGAUUAUUUCUUAAAAUUGUAUUUUAAACAAAAAGUUAAAACUAAAAAAAGAUUACAAGUUAAAAAAAAGUAAUUUUGUUUUGUUCAACAAAUUUUUUGCUCAGAAUUGUUAAAAAAAAAUAAAGAAACGGUGCUUCUUGGAGAAAUCGAAAAGGAAGAAAAAUAAGAAUAAAACGAAAUCAAAGUGCUUUAAAAUAACCAACAACAAUAACUACCAAAAAAGCAGUAUUUCGUCGUUUCCUUGUCCAUAAUACAAAAAUAACAAAGAAGAAGAAUACAUAUAAUAAAUAUCAUAAAAAAACGAGGAAAAUAUAAAAUAAGAAAAUAUUUUUGUCUUCCUGCUUCAUAAAAAAAGAAUUACGUACCUAAAAAAAAUUUCUCUUGCUGGUUUCUUGUUGCAAUUUACUUGAAAUAAAUUCAACAGAAGAAUUUACAAGAAAAUUUAAGAAAAAAACGAAUUUUUAGAAAAAUUGUGCAAUUGUUUUUUGUUGUUGUUUUGUGUGAAAUAUUCAAUAAUAGAAGAAAAUUAAAUUAGAAAAAAAACACCAGUGAAAAAACAUAACGAAACCAAAAAAAUUGGUAUUAACAAAACGGUGGGUUGGUGGGUCUCAAUACGUCUGCAUAAAUAAGCUUUCAAAUGUAUUGAAAAUAGGAAAAGAAUACUCAGAAACAUCACUAUAAAUUUCAACGAUUCUUUUUAAGAAAAAGAUAACGCAAAAUUCCCCAUUUUAAUUUGAAAGCAUCUUCAUCAUCAAUAACAUCGUCAACACCAACAAAAGAACAAAGGAAUAUUAUUAUUGUUUUUGUUGCUGAGUUAUACAGAAGCAGCAACAACACACACAGAAAAUUAAUUACAAAAACAAUACACAUAUAGAAUAGAACAACAAGAACAGAACAGAGGAGACAAGGCCCAAGAAGCAAGAACCAAACACAAGAAGAUACAUAUUCCAAAAUAAUUGCCAUGGAUCUUUCAUAUAUUGUUUGUAAUGCAGCCAGAGAAAAUAAUUUAUCUCUAUUGAAGAAUGCUCUCAAUGGCAGAUCAGCUUCAGAGAUAUCUAUGCUAAUAUCGUCAAAAGUUAAUGGAGCCACACCCCUGGUUAUAUCCUGCCGUAAUGGACACAGUGAAAUUGUAGAAUAUUUAUUGACAUGGUGUCAAGCUGAUGUUGAACAGGUAGGCUCCGUUAGUUUCGAUGGUGAACCAAUUGAAGAUGCUCCCCCAUUAUGGUGUGCCUCGGCCGCCGGUCACUUGGGCAUAGUGAAAUUAUUGGUUAGACAUGGCGCCAAUGUCAACAGUACGACACGUACGAAUUCGACACCUUUGAGGGCGGCCUGCUUUGAUGGACAUUUUGAAAUAGUCAAGUAUCUGAUACACAAUGGAGCUGACUUUGAGGUGGCGAAUCGUCAUGGCCAUACAUGUUUAAUGAUUGCCUGCUACAAGGGACAUUUCAAAAUCGCCCAGUAUUUGUUGUCGCUCAAUGCGAAUGUGAAUCGUUGCAGUGUUAAGGGCAAUACCGCAUUACACGAUUGCGCCGAGUCCGGCUCAUUGGAAAUAUUGCAGUUACUGUUGAAGCAUGGUGCCACAAUGGAAGUUGAUUAUUAUGGCAUGACACCGCUGCUGGCAGCUAGUGUAACGGGUCACUUGCCCAUUGUAGAACAUCUCAUAACAUUGCUCAGUGUGAGUCGCGAGAGUCGCAUUGAUGCCUUGGAGUUGCUGGGUGCCACGUAUGUUGACAAGAAACGUGAUAUGGUUAGUGCAUUAUCAUUGUGGAGGCGGGCCAUGGAGGAACGCAAUCAGGAGCCAAAGAUACCCAAAGUAGUGAACGAGCCCAUUGCGGCCUACGAGUGUGUAUCAGAAGUCAAAACAAUUGAGGAUUUAGAAGAGCUGGUCUUGGAUCCGGACGAAAUGCGUAUGCAAGCUUUGGUCAUACGUCAAAGGAUAUUGGGUCCAACACAUCCAGACACAAGUUAUUAUAUACGUUUUAGAGGGGCUCAUUAUGCUGACGCAGGUCGUUUUGACCGUUGUAUUGACCUUUGGACUUAUGCAUUAACUAUGCAACAAAAAAUCUUACCACCCCUCAGUCCUAUGACACAGUCUUCUCUCUUAUCUUUUGCCGAAUUAUUCAGUUUCAUGCUAAUGGAAGCCGGACGCUUGCUACCUCGAGGUCGUGUGGUGCCACCCAUCGAGGCAUGCGAUAUGCUGAUGAUUUUCAAUAAGGCUGUCUUAGAGGUUGAGAGAGGUUUGUCAAACUAUCAAAUGCUUCAAUCUGGUGCAAACGUCUCCUCCUCACUUGCAGGACAAAGUUGGUCGGUGGAACAGCAGAAAACAGCCGCAACAACUCAGCAACAGCCACAACAUCAUCAGACACCGCAACAAACAAUGCAACAGACGCAGGCUGUUACCUCGGUGCACGAUUGCAAUCACGAUCCCAAUGCUUUAAGUCGCGCAUUGGUUAGUGCUUUACAUAUUGGCUGCCUGUUGGCCUGGUUGGUCGAAGAUGAGACUUUCUGUACGAAAAUGCGCCGUGAAAUACUGGUGUCGCUUUAUAAGUUAAAUCGUCUUAAUGUGGCAGUACGUUCGGGACGCACAGCUUUGCAUUAUGCCUGCUAUAGGGAGGGUACUCUUGUUGGCCGGUAUCCGGCUUGUCAAUUUCCCUCGCCUUCAUUGGCUAAGGCUUUGUUAGAGGUGGGAGCUGAUCCCAAUGCCACCGAUGAUGCUGGCAAUACUCCCUUACAUUUAGCUGCUUUGGCUCAGCCAUGUCAAAAGGAUUUGGCUAAGAUUUUACUGGAUCAUGGGGCGCAUAUAGAUGCCCGUAACAAUGCUGGUGAAACAUUUGAAUCUCUUAUAAAGCCCAAGAAAAUAAGUGAAAUUGCAAAUCCUCUCAAGUACACCACGUUAGCCUGUCUAGCAGCGAAAACCAUACAAAAACACAAUAUCAAAUAUGACACAGUACCCACAGCUCUACAUAACUUUAUUGAGAUUCAUUAAAUCUUAUUUUAGGCCAUAAGCAGAGAGGUAAACAAACAACUACGAUUAUCCUUAUUUAUGUGUUAACUGUAUCCCGAGUUGGCUGUUUUAAGCAAACUAAGCGUACUAACUCAAUCGAACCUCCCACAACAACAGAAACAACGAUUAUAUUUAUACAUAUACAUACAUUUAAAUAUUCCUUUUUAUUUUUAAAAAUAAUAAGUUUUCCUAUGCUCUCUCUUUAAAAAAGAGUCACGAAGUUGUAAUCAAUGAAUUAUUUUUCUAAAAAAAAACAAUCUAUACAUACUUAUAUACAUAAUUAAUUCAGUUUUUUUGUUGUUUAUGACAAAGAAAAGUGAAAAUUGCAUUCAUGAUUGAAAUUCUUUAAAUCAUUAAAUUUUACAACCUACACAUUCUACUCUACUCCUCCUUCUUAUUGUUUUUAUGUUAUUGUUUUCUUUUUGUUUAUUUGUAUAUUAUUUUUAUAAUUUUUUGUGUUCUUAUUAAAAUUAUUAUUUGUUUUAACGAACGAUUAUAAAUUAAAAACCAGGAGCGAGUGGAGCAAAUGAGCAGCAAUACUUUAGGGGCAGACUUUUUUUUGCAAAAAAAGGCCACAAACAUGUAAAUACCCAUAAUAAUAAUACUAAUAAUAUGAAACCGAAAAGAAUUUAAAUUUGCUAAAGCAAUGCAAUGCAAUCUAAACCAUUCAAUAAUGGAAGAAAUGACAGCAACAUGAUGAAUGACAUUUGUUUGUAACCGAGUGAUUUAAUUGUUGUCAUUAACCAAAAUGAAAUUUCGUUUCGUUUCGUAACGUAAUCGUAUUAACUGUAGAUAUUUAACUAACUCUCUAUCUCUUGGAACUGUUUAUCAUUAGUUUCUACUUUAAAUAUCUUAAAUAUAUUAAAAAAAACAAAACAAAAACAAAACAUACAAUGUAUUAAGCAAAAGUAUAUAAAUAUUUAAUUAUUAAAUUUAGCAAACGCUUUGUGUUUCAAUAGUUUAUAAGUUAGUUAGCUCUAGUAUGUCUGUGUGUCUGUCCAUCUAUUUGCACACAUACAUUCUAUAUUGCUAUUUUGUGGAACAGAGUUAGACAAUUCUGCCCGAUCAUAAACAAUACCAUAACCAUAACAAAAAAAGAAGAAAAUAAUAAUUUACACUUGCUCCCCCUAAAACAACCAUCUACUCAAUUUUAACUAAACAUACCCUCAAAUUAAUUAAAUUAAAUGAAUAUGUGGGCUGGCGUGUUUAGGUCUAGCAGGUGUAUAAUUUGUAGUUCUUUCUUUUUUUUUCUUCUCUAAAUAAUUUUAAUAUUAAUAAUUAUAAUAAUAAUAAUACGUAUGUAAUGAUAUAAUGAUAAACGAUAUUUUAUAAGUGUGUAUUAGUUUUUGAAACAAAUUUAGCUAAAAGUCGAAUUUGGCUCCCCCAUUUUCUCUUGAGAGCCAAUUUGGGGGAGAGCAGGCUUUUUUUAAGAUGUCUAAAUGAUUAAGUUUAAAAAAGGUUUAGUUUUCUUUUUCUAAUUGUAAGACAAACAAAACUAUAACUAGAAUAAACAAUUUAUGAAAAAAUAAUAAUAUUA